AUGGAGUUCGACGACGAAAUGGGCUUCGCUGUAGCUGGACCAGGUUCAUCCCGGUCCAACAGCCGACCACCAAACCGGGCACGCCUCCAACAUCCCCAGGAGUCAGUCAAGCAGUUCUGGGAACAGUUCAACACCAAACAUCCUGGCAAAGUAUACACAGUCCUGCCGGAUAAUCCAUACGCACGGACGCGGGCCAAGCGUGUACCCAGUGGCCGCAUUCACGGACACGAGGCCGCUAAGUCUUACGAGCAGGCGCGCCGAGAAUGUGAGAAAUCUGUUGAUCGCAUCGUGAAGGAGUGCGAGCGUGUUAAUCAGAAAUACACCGAUCCGCAUUUUGAUAUUGAACUCGACUUGAAGUCGGGUCGCAGACACUAUCUCGAUGGAUUGGAUAAGCCGAAUUCGGAGAUGAGGCCCCGCGGCGUGAAGCGGGUUACGGAGAUCUUUGAGAAGCCGGAAUUCUUCGUCAAUGGUCCCACGGCAUCGGACGUGCGCCAAGGGUAUGAUGGCGAUUGCUGGCUCAUGGCUGCAUUGUGUACGAUGGGCAAUAAAGAGGUUCUGAUUAGGAACAUUUGUGUUGCUCGCAAUGAAGACGUGGGAAUUUAUGGAUUUGUUUUCCACCGAGGUAAGCGGCACAUAAUGUACUUUUUGGAAGAAAGUGCUUGUUUAACACUUCUAUCAGACGGCGAAUGGCAGCAGUGCAUCGUUGAUGAUAAACUAUAUCUUCGCGCUGCAGACUAUGAUGAAUCAGUGGAUGAAAGACCACUCUGGGACGACAUCAAUCGAACCGAUACGGAAGAAGAGUACCGACGAGUUUGGCAGACAGGCUCGCGGGCGCUGUACUUCGCACAGUGCGUGGAUGAUAACGAGACAUGGCUCCCUCUUCUAGAGAAAGCCUUUGCCAAAGCGCACGGUGAUUACUCUGCUAUUGAGGGCGGCUUCGUUGGCGAAGCCAUCGAGGAUCUCACUGGCGGUGUUACCUCGGAGGUUUUAUCAGGCAACAUUCUGAACAAAGAUCGCUUUUGGACCGAGGAGCUCAUGAAAGUGAAUGAAGAGUUCUUAUUCGGUUGUGGUACUGGUCUGUUUUCCAACUGGUUGGAUCCUCAGUACCGUGGGCCCCCAAGAGAUCGGAAAGGUAUAUCAGAGCAACAUUCAUAUUCCAUCAUGGAAGCUCGGGAAAUUGAUGGCCAUCGGCUUCUGAGGCUAAGAAAUCCAUGGGGCCGCAAAGAAUGGCAUGGUGCUUGGGGUGAUGGGUCGAAGGAGUGGACGCCUGAGUUGAUGAAGCGUCUAGGCCAUAAAUUUGGAAAUGAUGGCUUCUUCUGGAUCAACUACAAAGAUCUUCUUCGGAAGUACCAGCACUUUGACCGGACUCGCCUAUUUGGACCUGAAUGGAGUAUCGCACAGCAAUGGACUACGCUGAAUGUUCCUUGGUCUGCAGACUACCACAGCACCAAGUUUAUGAUGGAUGUGACCUCAAGUGGCCCAGUAGUAAUUGUCCUUUCACAGCUUGAUACACGUUAUUUCAAAGGCCUUGCUGGGGAAUACAGUUUCGUGCUCAAAUUUCGCCUGCAGAAAGAGGGUGAAGAAGACUAUCUGGUGCGCAGCCACAGCAGCCAUUUCAUGGGUCGAUCUGUGAAUGCCGAAAUCAAUCUCGAGCCUGGUCACUACCAUGUCCUCAUGAAGAUCACAGCUUUCCGCCAUCCGGAUGUGCAGUCAACCGAAGAGAUUGUUCGUCAAGUCGCCUCGACAAGGAGAGAGAAGCUAGUCCAAGUUGGCUUGUCAUACGACCUCGCACAUGCUAAGGGGCUGGUCAGGGAAACCGACCAAGAGAAGCGCGAAAAUGACCUACUCAAGAGAGUAGAGCGAAAAAAACUGCGUGAUAAGACUAAGACGAUGAUGCAGAAAGAGUGGAUUCGUCACCAGAAACUGUCUGCCCGACGGGAGCGCAUGGACGCCUGUCGCCGGAAUGGUACACCACACACCCCAAGCAGUGGCUCCUUUGAUCACAGCUCAGAGCGUGGUGGAGUACCCGGACAGAUUCUUGCAGAGAAAGCAGUUCAGGAUUCUCCCGUUGACGUGGGAAGUAUCUCAAGCGACAACAGCGACCGUCGAAUGCCGAACACACCUGGUUCUGUACCGACGAUCCAUGUCAAUGGCGGAGAAGGACUUCACGCAAGACAUGCAAGUAAUAGCUGGAGACGUGGUGCCGAGUCUCCACGUCCCAGUCUUGACGCUCGUCUUGCCACCGAGACUCUCGAUCCCAGCGAUUUGGAGUUGCUGGAAGGAUUUGAGUUCGACAGCGAUGUCGACAUGCCCCCGGAGGAUUCUGACAUCAAGAUCCGACCUCCCGAUGAUGAAGAAGAGCUCUCGGUCGACCCGUGGAAUGCAGUUUGUGUGGUUGGAUUGCGGGUUUACUCCAAAGAUCCAACUUUGACCUUGCAGGUUGUGCGGCCAGUGUUGGACGGAAGCCCAGAAGCUGCUCUCGACCGGGAUGACCCUGCCGCAUCUGCUACCGCUCGUCAAAGAGAUUCAUACUCGUCUUUGAGUAGCCAGUUGCAAUAUUGA